AUGCCUGCCCAGAGCAAGGGGCCGCUGGUGCCGUGCACCCCGCAGUGCUGUGGCCGGGACACCCGCCCCCUGAGUCCCCGUCUCUCCUCAGCGCUGUGCCUCAGCGGGGCCUCACCACCCUCCUGCCCCACACAGGUGGAGCCGGGCUGCCGCCAGGGCCGCCCCCGCGUCCAACUCGUUUAUGUCAACAGCUUCGGCUCCCACCGCUGCGGCUCCGUCACCCGCUAUGGCAGGGGCUGUCGACAGGCUGCAGCGGGCCAGGCUGGGCCGUCGCUGUCCCCGAGCCCCAUGGGGGAGGCUGAGGGGCUGAGGGCUGUGCCAGCACCAGGGGACAAGGCCGGCCCUGCACUGCCUGCCGCCCGUGGCAGGGCAAAAGCAGUGGGGAGCUGUGGUGUGGCAAAGCCUGUCAGCCUCCAUCGAGGUGACCUUCGAGAGAAUAAGGCUGACACCUUUGACUUUCCCUUCCCUUCAAGAAAUGUUGAUAAAGUAAUUAAACGAAAGAAACCAAAGUCCAAAGUCUGGCAUAAGGUCUGGAAAGUAAUUUCAAAAAUGCUUGAAGAAAAUGAAAAGUUCAGAAGUCGACUAUUGACUUGCAAUCAGUUUAAUGGAGAAGGCAAUGAUAUGAACCAAAGUUCACAGAAUGAGGCAUCCUACCUGGACAAGGAGGAGACCAUCUUUGGCUGGGUAUAG